AUGAGGGCUUUAACGUUAGUUCUGAGUUGUGUUAUCCUGGCUGUUUGUCUGGUGCAGCACGCAGGAGGCGCCAGCACGGCAGUAUCUACGACAACAACGACAACAACAACAACAACCACGGAAUCCUCCUCCGACACUACAACCACUACUGAAUCUUCUAGUGACACAACCACCACCACUUCAAGCUCCAGCUCUAGCUCUAGCUCCAGCUCUUCUAGCUCCUCUUCCGCAGCACUUAAACGGUUGAGAAGGAGGCUGAAGCGUCUCAGACGUUUGGAACGUCUCAGGGCCGCCCUUUGUGUGGUGCAGCACGCAGGAGGCGCCAGCACGUCAACAUCUACGACGACGACAACAACAACAACGACAGAAGCCACAACCUCCACAACCACGGACUCAUCAGAUACAACCAGCACCACUACGAGCUCUGCUGCAGCUCAGGCCCGGCUCAGACAACAGCUACUUAAACUGAAGCUAUUGAUUAGUUUGAGGGCCGCCAAAAAGAAAGCAACUGCCAAGCGUAAGGCUGCUGCCAAGCGUAAAGCUGCUGCCAAGAAAAGGCCGCCAGGAGAAGGUGGUCAUCGAUUCAGCUUGAGUAUGAGAGUCCUAACGCUAAUUCUGGGCUGUGUUAUCCUGGCAGUUUAUGUGGUGCAGCACGCCGGAGGCGCCAGCACGUCAACAUCUACGACGACGACAACAACAACGACUGAAGCCACAACCUCCACAACCACGGACUCAUCAGAUACAACCAGCACCACUACGAGCUCUGCUGCAGCUCAGGCCCGGCUCAGACAACAGCUACUUAAACUGAAGCUAUUGAUUAGUUUGAGGGCCGCCAAAAAGAAAGCAACUGCCAAGCGUAAGGCUGCUGCCAAGCGUAAAGCUGCUGCCAAGAAAAAGGCCGCCAGGAGAAGGGCAGCCAGGAGAAGAGCAAAUGUUUCCACCCGAUCGGGAGCUUCCAGGAGAUCGUCUUCUUCUAGAAGAUCAGGUGCAAGAAGGAGAAGGAAUCGCAGAGGUUAA